AUGGCUACCAACAUCACCUUCCACCCUGGCGCGGUCACCCUCGAGGAGCGUUCCGAAUUCAUCGGCCAGAAGGGCGCUACUGUCUGGUUCACCGGUCUCUCGGCUUCGGGCAAGUCGACCAUUGCCACUGCCCUCGAGCAGCACCUCCUCCACAAGGGCCUCCACUCGUUCCGCCUCGACGGUGAUAACAUCCGCUUUGGCCUGAACAAGGACCUCGGCUUCGACCCCAACUCGCGUGUCGAGAACAUCCGCCGCAUCGGUGAGGUCUCGCUCCUCUUCGCCUCGUCGUGCUCGCUCGCCCUCACCGCCUUCAUCUCGCCCUACAUCUCGGACCGUGACCUCGCGCGCGACCUGCACAACAAGGCCGGCCUCCCCUUCAUCGAGGUCUUUGUUGACGCGCCCCUCGCCGUCGUCGAGUCGCGCGACCCCAAGGGCCUGUACAAGAAGGCCCGCGCCGGCGAGAUCAAGGAGUUCACCGGCAUCUCGGCCCCUUACGAGGCCCCCGUCAAGCCCGAGAUCCACAUCAAGACCGACGAGGUCGACGUCGAGGGCGCCGUUGCCAUUGUCACCCAGUACCUCAUUGACAACGAGAUCAUCAAGGCCUAA